AUGGAUCGCGUCGAAUUUCGCGUCAAUGGCGAACUCCAAUCGGUUGGCAGCGACGUGCGCUCAGACCUGUCCCUGCUGGAGUACCUGCGCGUGCGCUGCGAGUUGCGCGGCACCAAGUACCUGUGCCGGCAGGGCAGCUGCGGCGCGUGCGUCGUGGCUGUCGCUAGACCUGGAGAGCAACAGCAUGCUGUCAACUCUUGUUUGGUGUCAGUGACGUCAUGCCAAGACUGGGAGAUCACGACGAUAGAGGGCGUUGGUAACAGACUAAAGGGCUACCACCCCAUACAGAAGACCCUCGCUAAGCUCAACGGUUCACAGUGCGGGUACUGCUCGCCGGGAUGGGUCAUGGCUAUGUACAGUUUGCUUCAAUCCAGACGACACCUUACUAUGCUAGAGAUAGAGAAGUCUUUUGGAAGCAACAUUUGUCGAUGUACCGGUUACAGGCCCAUCCUUGAGGCUUUCAAGAAGUUUGCCAGUGACGCCCCUGAACCACUACUGGAUAUAGAAGACUUGGAUAUUUGUCGUAAAACAGGCAAAUCUUGUCGAAAGGACCGCUGCGAAGACGAUUGGUGCUUAGUCGACGCUACAGACAUCGAGGUUCCAAAGACUAUAGAGUUCCAACUAAAAGAUGGAAAGAUCUGGACACGAGUGCAGACAGUGAGGGAAAUCUUUGACGUGCUGAAAAGGAGAGGAGACGAUGAUUACAUGCUUGUUAACGGGAAUACUGCUAAAGGAGCCUACCCAAUCCUCGAAUACCCUCGCCUUUUGAUCGACAUCAGCGCUGUCCAGGAGUUGCGUGGCUACCGUCUGGACCAGAACCUAGUGCUGGGCGCCGGCUCCACGCUCACGGAGACCAUAGACCUGUUCCAGCAGCUGGCCAGGGACGAGUUCUGGUAUCUGGAGAGGAUGAGGCGGCACCUGCUGCUGGUCGCGCAUGUUCCUGUCAGAAAUAUAGGAUCGCUUGCUGGCAAUUUGAUGCUUAAACACAAACACCGAGACUUUCAGUCAGAUGUGUUCCUUUUAUUCGAGGCCGUGGGAGCUCUUCUGACUAUAAUAGACGGGAGAGGAGCUGUAAUAAAAGUGACGCCGAUGCAAUUCCUCGAUGUGGACAUGAGAGGAAAAGUUAUCGUUAACAUUCUACUUCCACCUAAAAGCCGCAAUUAUGAAUUUAUUACAUUCAAGAUCAUGCCUCGCUCCCAAAAUGUCCACGCCAUGGUUCACUCCGCCUACUUAUUCCACCUAACCACAGAAAAAACUGUCAUCAACGCCCGUUUAGUAUACGGAGGCUUAAGCCCUGACUUCAUCCAUGCCAAGAAUACAGAGAGAUUCCUCAUCGGAAAGAACCUGUUCAGUAACGAGACUUUACAAGGAGCUCUUCAGAUCUUGGAGCAAGAGUUGGUGGUUGUCCCGAAUCCGCCAGAACCUUCGGUGGAGUAUAGGAGGAAUCUGGCUGUUAAUUUAUUCUAUAAGGGCUUGCUGUGCCUCUACCCAACGAGUACUUUGAGCCCUCGUGUGGCGUCAGGGGGAGUGACGCUAAGAGACACACGCCCCGUCUCCCAAGCGAGCCACUUUGUGCCCACCAACCCAGCUUUGUACCCGUUGAAUGAACCUAUACCAAAAGUUGAGGCUUUGAUCCAGUGCGCUGGUGAGGCUCCAUAUACUGAAGACCUGCCGCGACUGCCACACGAGGUGUUUGGGGCUUUCGUGCUAGCUCGCAAGUUCGGCGAUAUCGCCCGGAUCGACCCUAGUGAGGCCUUGAAAUAUCCAGGCGUGCUAGCGUUCUAUUCUGCCAAAGAUAUUCCCGGCGUCAACUCCUUUACGCCAGGUGAUUUAUAUGGCUACGUAAAGUUAGAAGAAGUAUUCUGUUCUGGCCACGUAAAGCACCACGGACAAGUUCUCGGACUAAUCGUUGCUGAGUUAAGGGCUAUUGCUGAUUUCGCUUCAAAACUUGUGAAGGUCGAAUAUAAAAAUGUAAAGAAACCUGUAACCGAUGUGAAGAAAGUGAAACAUGAUCCAAAUAGAACUACACUGCUUAGAGAAUUUAAGGGAGAAGAUAGGGGUAAGGAUGUGGUGAAAGAGAUAAAAGGUGAAGAAACUAUAUAUCAGCAGAUGCAUUUUAGUAUUGAAACGUUAGUGAGCGUGGCGAUACCUACGGAGGAGGGGUUGGAGGUGCGCUGUGCUACGCAGCAUAUGGACUUAGUGCAGCUCAUGAUCUCACGCGCUCUUAAGCUACAUGAGAAUAAAAUAGACGUGUAUGUCCGGCGUCUAGGCGGAGCGUAUGGGCUGAAACUAUCACGUGCCAAUCAAGUCGCCGUAGCCAGCGCGUUGGUAGCUCUCAAACUUAAUCGGCCCUGCCGGGUCUUGCUGCCAGUAGAGACAGUCGCUAAGGCUGUGGGGAAAAGACUGCCUUGCUCCAUUGAUUUUGAGGUAGCUGUCGACAAAUCAGGCAAAAUCCAAUAUUGCAACGAAUAUCUAUAUCAAGAUCAUGGUUACUUCUACAAUGAUACGGCAAUUACUGAUGGUGUCUUCGGGUCAUACCAGAACUGCUACAACCGCUCGCGAUGGAACUGCAAAGUCUUUAGUUCGACCACAGACACCGCUGUUAAUACGGCGGCUAGGGGGCCAGGUACCUUAGAAGCCGUUGCUUGCGCCGAAUUUAUUUUAGAAAGAAUAGCUUAUGAGAUGUCCUUAGACCCUGCUGAAGUUCGCCUGGUCAAUGUAGACCCGAAAUAUGCAAAUACUAUGAGGGAAAUGUUUACGAAACUAAACAAGGACGCAGAAUAUGCAAGAAGGAGAAGACUUGUAGAUAAAUACAACACAGAAAACAGAUGGAAGAAACGGGGGCUUAGAUAUUCUUUUAUGAGGUUCUCUCCUUUUUUGCCUGCAUAUUUCGAUGUAAACUUAACGGUUUUUCAGGAUGAUGGCUCAGUUGCUAUAGUCCACAGUGGAAUAGAAAUGGGCCAAGGAGUUAAUACUAAAGCUGUUCAGAUCGCUGCAUAUUUUCUUGGGAUACCGAUGGAGAAAAUUCAGAUUAAAGCGAAUGUUACUACGUUUGCUCCAAAUGCGAUAUUGUCAGCGGGUAGUGUGACGUCCAUGAAUAUUGGGAUAGGGGUACAGCAGUGCUGCGAAGAGUUGUUGAAGAGGUUAGUUCCCAUAAGAUCGAAGAUGGUGAAUGCUACUUGGGAGGAGGUGAUCAAAGCAGCGUUCUUAGCCAACGUGGACCUGCAGACGCACGGGUUCGUACCUGAUGCUCCGAAUAGUGAUGCUUUUGGAGUGACGCUGACUGAAGUGGAGAUAGAUGUGCUGACAGGAGAAUGGGAACUGCUGAGAGUAGACCUGAUUGAAGAUGCAGGAUUAAGUGUCAGCCCGGGAAUUGAUAUCGGACAAGUAGAAGGAGCCUUCAUCAUGGGCCUAGGGUACUGGACGACGGAGCGGGUGGUGUUCGCAGUCGACACGGGCGAGGUGCUCACGGACCGUCCCUGGAACUACCACGUACCGUUAGCGAGGGACAUCCCGCAGGAUUUCCGCAUCUAUUUCAGGCAGAACUCUUAUUCGGAUAAACGGGUUCUUGGUGCUAAGGCGAUUGGUGAGCCACCUAUGUGCAUGUCAGUGUGCAUUGCCUUCGCGCUGCGAGAGGCAAUUGCUGCCGCCCGAGCUGAUGUCGGGAUACCCUCCACCCAGUGGUUCCAAAUAGAUGGACCCUACACAAGAGAAGCUAUACAGUUGCACACAGAAACGAAAUAUUGUGAUUUCACAUUUUAAUAAUUGUGAAACUUAAAAUGAAAUGUUCUAAAACAUAGAAUAUUACAAUAAAUGCGAGUAAUUUAU